GCGGGAUAAAAAAGCGAGGCCGAAGGUAGGCUGGCAGAUACGUUCGUUAGGUUACUCCUUUCUGCCCGUGGACGCCGCCGAGUAAGCAUCGUUAGUCUCCCCUCCCACUGCAGUCAUGUCUAAGUCAGAGUCUCCCAAAGAGCCCGAACAGCUGCGGAAGCUCUUCAUCGGAGGUUUGAGCUUUGAAACAACCGAUGAGAGUCUCAGGAGCCAUUUUGAGCAAUGGGGAACGCUCACGGACUGUGUGGUAAUGAGAGAUCCAAACACCAAGCGCUCCAGAGGCUUUGGCUUUGUCACGUACGCCACUGUGGAGGAGGUGGAUGCAGCUAUGAAUGCAAGGCCACACAAGGUGGAUGGACGAGUUGUGGAACCAAAGAGGGCCGUCUCAAGAGAAGAUUCUCAAAGACCUGGUGCCCACUUAACUGUGAAAAAGAUUUUUGUUGGUGGCAUUAAAGAAGAUACUGAAGAACAUCACCUAAGAGAUUACUUUGAACAAUAUGGGAAAAUUGAAGUGAUUGAAAUCAUGACUGACAGAGGCAGUGGCAAGAAGAGAGGAUUUGCUUUUGUAACUUUUGAUGACCACGACUCCGUAGACAAGAUUGUUAUUCAGAAAUACCAUACUGUGAAUGGCCACAACUGUGAAGUAAGGAAAGCCCUAUCUAAGCAAGAGAUGGCUAGUGCUUCAUCCAGCCAAAGAGGUCGAAGUGGUUCUGGAAAUUUUGGCGGUGGUCGUGGAGGUGGUUUUGGUGGGAAUGACAACUUUGGUCGCGGAGGAAACUUCAGUGGUCGAGGUGGCUUUGGUGGCAGCCGUGGUGGUGGAGGAUAUGGUGGCAGUGGGGAUGGCUAUAAUGGAUUUGGUAAUGAUGGUGGUUAUGGAGGAGGCGGCCCUGGUUACUCUGGAGGAAGCAGAGGCUAUGGAAGUGGUGGACAGGGUUAUGGAAACCAGGGCAGUGGCUAUGGCGGGAGUGGCAGCUAUGACAGCUAUAACAACGGAGGAGGCGGAGGCGGCUUUGGCGGUGGUAGUGGAAGCAAUUUUGGAGGUGGCGGAAGCUACAAUGAUUUUGGAAAUUACAACAAUCAAUCUUCAAAUUUUGGACCCAUGAAAGGAGGAAAUUUUGGAGGCAGAAGCUCUGGCCCCUAUGGUGGUGGAGGCCAAUACUUUGCCAAACCACGAAACCAAGGUGGCUAUGGCGGUUCCAGCAGCAGCAGUAGCUAUGGCAGUGGCAGAAGGUUUUAAUUACUGCCAGGAAACAAAGCUUAGCAGGAGAGGAGAGCCAGAGAAGUGACAGGGAAGCUACAGGUUACAACAGAUUUGUGAACUCAGCCAAGCACAGUGGUGGCAGGGCCUAGCUGCUACAAAGAAGACAUGUUUUAGACAAUACUCAUGUGUAUGGGCAAAAAACUCCAGGACUGUAUUUGUGACUAAUUGUAUAACAGGUUAUUUUAGUUUCUGUUCUGUGGAAAGUGUAAAGCAUUCCAACAAAGGGUUUUAAUGUAGAUUUUUUUUUUUUUUUUUUUGCACCCAUGCUGUUGAUUGCUAAAUGUAAUAGUCUGAUCAUGACGCUGAAUAAAUGUGUCUUUUUUAAAUGUGCUGUGUAAAGUUAGUCUACUCUGAAGCCAUCUUGGUAAACUAUCCCAACAGUGUGAAGUUAGAAUUCCUUCAGGGUGAUGCCAGGUUCCAUUCGAAAUUUAUUUAUAACCUGCUUGGGCACAGAAGCCAUUGUCUUCAGAAACCUUGGUGUAGUUGAACUGACAGUUACUGUGUUGUGACCUGGAGUUCACUGUUAAAAGGGUCACCCAAGCAAAGUCAUGGAGUUCAUUUGGUUAUUAAUAUGAUUGUUGGCACAUCCUAUGCAAUAUAUCUAAAUUGAAUUAUGGUAUCAGAUAAAGUUAUAGAUGGGAAUGAAGCUUGUGUAUCAUCCAUUAUCAUGUGUAAUCAAUAAACGAUUUAAUAAUA